GAGUUGGCUCGAGAUUGCCUGUCUUUGAUAAGGUCCUUACAACCUAGUAAAGACUAUUGUCGUUCCAAACCUACUGACAGCUUUCUAAAUACCGCCGACUAUUGUUCAACAGUGUGUUUUUGGGGUCUACAUAUUGACCGAAGCGUCUGGCGAUGUCAUUCAGUGAAUUUUAUUUGCUUCUAUGUUUUUUUGUUUGUUGUUAUCGGAAAGAUGUUUAGAUGUUUUUAGGUAUCUUCCGGGACCAGGCCGGCGGUUCUUUACUUUGAUGUCCACGGUUAAACCCUCAGCCGGUUCGUUUUGAAAUAGCCUAGAGGAGAUCUGCUGCUUGCUAUGACUGCUUGAAACACUACCCGGGGAAGGGGAAACGAGCUUUCAUUUCAGGGUUACAUUUGAUAUUCAUCUUCUUUCUGAGAUAAACAUCAGAGCGAAGUAGACUAACACCAGCAAUCUGGUAGCGUUGUUGUAAUACUUUUUUGGGGGGUUGUUACUUUUGUUCUGUGUGAACCAUUUCUGAUCAUACGGGAAAGGACUCGUGUGCAUCGAUGAGUGAAAAGGAGCAGAGAAGCUCCCCCGCGGAUUUAAGAGAGUGAGGAGGAUUACAGUGGAGCUCAUAGCAGGCACACACGGCAACCGGAGCUGGAGCCAUGAGCAGAGCGCUUACAGACCAUAUCAGCAGUAGCUUCCGAGAAGAUGCUCCCCGUCCCCCGGUGCCGGGGGAGGAGGGAGAGGCGUCAUGUCAUACUCCCAGUAAACAUGCCAAAAUGAGAGCCCAAAAUAAGGCUAAAGCUGUCACCGUCGCGUCUCCCGGCUCCACGCCGAGGAGGAACGAGGAUGGACUCGGGGAACCUGAGGGUAGCGCGUCGCCGGAUUCACCCCUCGCCCGGUGGACCAAGUCGUUGCAUUUUCUCCUUGGUGACCAAGACGGUGCUCACCUGUUCAGGACCUUUCUGGAGCGGGAGAAAUGCGUGGACACUUUGGACUUUUGGUUCGCCUGCAACGGGUUUAGGCAAAUGGACCUCAAUGAUACCAAAACGCUACGAGUUGCCAAAGCUAUUUUCAAGCGGUACAUUGAAAACAACAGCAUUGUUGCCAAGCAGUUGAAACCUGCCACUAAAACCUACAUAAGGGAUAGUAUUAAGAAGCAACAGAUAGACUCUGCGAUGUUUGACCAAGCACAAACGGAAAUUCAGUCAACCAUGGAGGAGAAUGCGUACCAGAUGUUUUUAACUUCGGACAUAUACCUUGAAUAUGUGCACACGGGGUGCGAGAACACGGCUUAUGCCAACCAUAGCGGUCUCGGGAGCCUCAAGUUGAUGUGCGGAUUUCUGCCACCUCUCAUUGAGGAAGAGGAGUGGAGUUGUGACUUGAAGGCGAAAACGUUAGCCUCUGUGGUUGGACUAUCUGCUAAUGCACUACGGGCCACUGCUUCCAUUCGGACUGCGGCGGAAGUGCUGGAGAAUGGGUACAGGUCACACAGACGCGGAGACGCGGCCAGUCCCUACUUUGUCAACUCGGGCUAUGUGUUCGCCCCCGCCACCAGUGCCAACGACAGCGAGAUCUCCAGCGACGCCAUGACGGACGACUCCAUGUCCAUGACCGACAGUAGUGUAGAUGGGAUCCCUCCAUACAAGCUGGGCACCAAGAAGCAGCUCCAGCGGGAGAUGCACCGCAGCGUCAAGAUCAACGGCCUGGUCUCGCUACCCCACUUUCCCAGGACACACAGGCUGCCUAAGGAGAUGACGCCGGUGGAGCCCUCGGCCUUUGCCGCCCAGCUCAUCUCCAGACUGGAGAAACUGAAGAGGGAGCAGGACACCAUGAGCUCCCUGGAGGAGAGGCUACAGCAGAUCCAGGAGGAGGAGGAGAGGGAUGAGAGCGACCUCUCCAGCGUCAUCCCGCUCCACCACCCCCUGCUUCACACCUCCUCCGGCGCCGACGAGGACGCCCAGGCCAUCCUAGACGAGCACCUAUCCCGGGUGCUCAAGACGCCCGGGUGCCAGUCGCCCGGCGUGAUCCGCCACUCGCCCCGCUCGGGCUCUCCCGACCGGCCCUCCCCCGCCGUGGUCCCUUUCCUGGGGCCCUCAUAUCCGGGGGCCUCCAAGGGCCCGUUGGCUGGGAGCAGGCAGUCGACCAAGCACAUCCACCACCACUACAUCCACCACCACACCGCCACCGGCCCCAAGAGCAAGGAGCAGAUCGAGGCCGAGGCGGCGCAGUGCAUUCAGUGCCUCUGUCCCCCAGGGGGCGCCGACUACUCAGACUUCACCCCCGGCCGCUGCAGCAGUUUGUCCAAGCGGCCGGGGAAGCCGUGCGAAGGCAUACGCCUGAGCCAGGCUAACGGCGGCGACGGGGUCACGUCCCCGCCCCACCUGCCCCUGGACUCCACGGACCGCUCGCAGAACGUCUGGCAGUGGAUCCUGGAGAGCGAGAGGCAGGGCAAGAACAAACCUCACGGCGGCACUCAGGGCCUGAAGAAGAGCCACCUCCCGGACCCCUCCACGCCCAAGACCCUUCCCAGCCGAACGCACUCUUCCUGGGGAGGCGUGGGCGGCAUGGGGGGUCACCUCCGUGGAGGUCACCAUCCGGCCCACCCCUUCAUCCAGGACCCGGCCAUGCCCCCCCUGCCCCCUCCCAACACUCUGGCCCAGUUAGAAGAAGCCUGCAGAAGGCUAGAGGAGGUCUCCAAGCCUCCAAAACAGAGGCAUUCAACGUCCAGCCUUCAAAGAGACAGGAGUCAUCCUGUGCCUUUCCCCAGUGGAAACCCACCUCUGUCCAGCCCCGCACUUCAAACAGACGAGUGGAAAGAGCCAAAGAAGUCUAUUAGCGGUGUGAGUGUGUCUGGCUGUGACCUGGUGGUCACCUACUUCUUCUGUGGUGAGGAGAUCCCCUACCGCAGCAUGAUGAAGACACACAGUCUCACCCUGGGACACUUCAAGGAGCAGCUUAGCAAAAAAGGCAAUUACAGGUACUACUUCAAGAAGGCCAGCGACGAGUUUGAGUGCGGAGCCGUGUUCGAGGAGGUAUGGGAGGACGGCGCCCUUCUGCCCAUGUACGAGGGCAAGGUCCUGGGUAAGGUGGAGAGGAUGGACUGAUGCCACCCUUACCCACCCUACCUUAUCCAUCAACCAAAUACCCAACCUCCAGGGCACAGAAUGUCACGAGGAACCGGAGUGAUUGACUUGAUAGGGGGAAAACGCUCCAGACUUUCUUUUCUACUAUUAAAGCUAAAUAAGAGUUAAUAUAUCCAGCACAAGAGGAGUGUGAUUGAAGGAACACGAGCCAAUGAAGUAUGCCGAACCCAGAAGAGGCCCCCCCGACUUUCUUAACCAAUCAGCCUUAGAAACACAAGGGAAUGACACUACAGACAGAGAGAGAGAGAGAGAGAGAGAGACGGCGAGUCCUCUAGGCUCCCUGAAUUUAACCACUGAAGAUGCAGAUGACUGUUUGUCCAAUACGAGAGACUAACGUUACGAUUAAACAGUGGCAACGUUGUGAGAACGUUGUGUCGCUCCCUGAUCACCCGCAAUGGACUGGCGACAGCACCAGAAGCCCCGCAAAUGCCGCCACCUGCUCUUAUAACAUUGUGCUAAUGUUGUGCAAACGUUGUAACGAAAUGAAACUUCUAUACGUGUGCAUAUACAUACAUGAAAAUAUGUGUAUAUAUUCAUGUAUUAUAUUGAUGCGUUUUUGUCAUGAUUUGAAAGUUUGAGUAUUUAUUUAAAAAAUGUCCUCUCCCUCCCUCACCUUCAACUUGUCUACCCACCACCCACCCAACCAACCCAACCCUGUCCCCCAUGUCCAGUUGAUGGACAAGCUGCUUCGAGUAUUGGGAGAAUACUGUGGUGAUUCCACCCCCCCCCCUUUACCCCUGUCCAACCUCACUGUACCAGGGGUCUGCUGAGACUGAACCUUCCACUGUCGUAGUAAACCAACCAACAGCCCAGUCUUAAUAUAUGAUGCUGCUGAUGUGUUCUCUUCCGUUUCUAAGCCAGAGCAAGAGUAGUUGGUUUUCUCUCACUCCAGCACAGAGCUCUAUCCUUUUUAGUUGUUGUGCCUUUGUUUGUGGACCAGGCACCACACAGGGAAAGACGCGAAAGAAAGAUGAGAAGAGACAUGAAUUAGGAUUAGAUGAACAGAGAGGACCUGGAGAAAUAAAGUGUUUACAGCGAGCACACCAAAAUAACCUUGUCGCGCUUCUAUUGAAAUACCCACCUCUCCAGGGAGCAGUGGCUUAAUAUCACCACGUUUCAAAACUGCUUCCGUUCCAUAUUUAUUAGCAAAGAAAAAAUGUUGCUCCAAUAGCUUUUGAAUGUUGUAAAAGAACAUCUUAAACUACGGAGCUCCUGUAUACAUUUGUAAUUAUGCAUUUUUUGAAGUAUGGAUAAAAGGACACAAACACUAUUGCUAGUGUUUUUAUGAGUACAGCUCCUGUGCCUACAUGGAUACUAUACCAUGUACUACCCUGAUUCAGGGUGUUAAUAAUUAUUCCCUUGGUUUUCAGAAGGGUUUUAUGUUGAAAAUAUUUUUUUAAUGCAUUUAAUAGUAUCCUGUAAUCAUGUUAUUUGUUUUUACGCCAUGGCUUUUUUUUUAAUUUGUUCUAUCUAAACUGUAAAUUAUACAUUAUAUACAGAGUUUCAUUUAAAGAUUUACAUGGACCUAUAAUUAUUGUAAUUAUUAAGAGAUUGUAGCCUUUAUUAAAGUUUUAUAUUUUUCAAAUGAAAAUGAAA